AGCCCUCCCCGUAUUCACCAGGUGGAGUUAGGUGCGGAGCCAAUAGACACUAACGAGGAUGAGGCCGAUGCACCGGAUGAUGAUCUGCCCAUGUUGAAUCUGGCUUCGUUUGCCAUCUACAAGCUGUCACGGAGUGGGAGCGCGAGGGCUAUGUCGUACCCGAGAUGCACCCUUCGGCCAAUGCUGCCCAGCAGGCCGGAGGGGAUGCCGGAACUCCAGUUCCCGCCGCGCCGAAGGAACCAAAGAAGCGCCAGUGCGUACGGAGCUACCCUCUGGCUGGGAGACCAUGCACCCGGCGACCAUUCUUUGCAUUAUGCGCCCGGGACUCAGCUACUCGGACUACGGGUCAUCUGGCGACAAUACCACCCGGGCAUAAGCAUCUGGGAAUCACCGGUGGACAACCAGGAAUUUCCACCGCCCACCGGCAGAUCCAAGAAGAUCGCCCGUCUCAACAGUGGCGUGAAAGUGUGCAACUCUCUGUUCGGCACAAACUUCGCCUACGGCGACACCGCUUAA